CCUCUCCCGGGAAGAUGUGAGAACUGAGAAGCCCAGAAUGGCAGCUUCCACUUCUACUACUAGUACUACAUUUUGCCUAUCUUCCAAAAAUUCAACCAAAUUUCAAAAAUUUCUUCUUACAAAAACUUUUGUUUCAUUCCCAAAACCCAAAUUAACGGCUGCAACUAGUCAUUUUCGGUUACUUUCCAGAUGGGCUUUUUCCAAUUCCAGUUUUAAGAAACUCAGCCGCGUUUUCUGCAGCACACUCCCCACUGUCUCCACUUCCACAACCCACUACGAGUUUUCUGACGGUUCCUCCGAGGUGGAGUUAAGAUUAAAACUUGGGGAUGUGGAUGUAAGUUCUAAAGAUAUAUUUGUAGAUGCAAAUGACAAUUCCUUGGUGAUCAAGGUGCAGCAUUCUGGAUUUCUUCAGACUCUCAUAAACACCAGCUGUCUAUAUGAGAGGAUAAACCCUGGUGAAACAAUAUGGUAUAUAGAUGAUGAUGAGCUUGUUGUUAACUUGAAGAAGCAAGAUCCUGAACUGAAUUGGCCUGACAUUAUUGAGUCCUGGGAGUCUCUUACAGCAGGAGUCACACAACUUUUACAAGGAACAUCAGUUUAUUUAGUUGGGGAGUCAACUGAAAUAAACCAGAAGAUCGCUCGAGAGCUGGCAGUUGGCCUAGGGUAUAUACCUCUAGAAACAAAAGAGCUAGUGGAAGCAUUUGCAAAGCAAACAAUCGAUUCAUGGGUUGCUGCGGAGGGUUAUGAUGCUGUGGCUGAAGUAGAAGGUGCUAUAUUGGAAAAUUUGAGUAGUCAUGCUCGUAAGGUUGUGGCAACAAUAGGAGGGAAACAUGGUGCAGCUAGUAGGACAACUCAGUGGAGGCACCUAUUUGCUGGAUUUACAGUUUGGUUAUCAGAGUCAGAAGCAACAGAUGAAGCUUCAGCAAGAGAUGAGGCCACGAGGCACUUUGAAGAUGGUGUACAAGGUUUCUCUAAUGCAGAAGUGGUAGUCAAGCUCGGAGGUUGGGAUGCCAACUACUCAAAGACUGUAGCUCUGGCUUCACUGAGUGCCCUCAAACGCUUAAUCUUGUCAGAUAGAAAGCUUCCAGGUAAAAAGAGUCUUUACGUGAGGUUGGGAUGCCGAGGAGACUGGCCAGAUAUCAAACCUCCUGGUUGCAACCCAUCAACAACAGAUGAUGCAUCUCUUCCUGGAUCUUAACUCUUGGUAAACUGCACAAAGUUCUUUUCAGAAAGAACAAUCUGUUUGCUUCUUUUUAUUUUGCAUUUUUUGGAGAGGGAGCAAAGAGAUAGCUGCAUUAUGAAAAGAUGUUCACAGGGGCCAACUAUUAGCAGAAAUGCUUCUACUUAAUGUACGAGCUGAAUAUUGUAUUCCUGUUCCUGUGUGAAUAGCAUUUUUCUAGAUUUUGAACACAGUUUACUGGAGGUACUGCUUCAGCAAUAGCUGUAUGUACUGCUCACAGUAAAUUCUAUGUUAUCAGAACAAUAAACAUUUCAUUCUGAAAGUUAAUACUCAA